AUGAACGAUGCUCCUGAAUUCAUCCGUUUAAAGAGAAGGAGAGAUGAAGGGAGCGUGAACAGUCUCCUUAUUGAUGAUCAGAAACCAGUCAAGAGAGUAAAAUUUGUGUUCAAACUUACGAGAACUGUAGAACAGCAGUUUUACGAGACGGAUGGGCAAAACUCGACACCACUUUUGAAACUGGCAGACAAUGAACAUCAUCAUUUUGUUCUGGAACAAAAUAGGAAAAGACGCAGAGAAUCCCAGGACAAAAACAGAGGUGAUGAUGACGCAAGACAUCAAUCGUUUGAUGACCCACUCGAGGACUCUUCCGACGGUGAUGGCUUGCCUCCGGAAAUCAGUCAAAUGUUAAAGCAACAUCUAUCAUUAAAAGGAACGGACCCAGAUGCGUCUCCAACUACCAAGAUACGAAAACGGAGCAAGAGGCAUUACACCGGGCAAGCCGCCCCGGUUAUCAGCAUGCCAAGCCUUGAUUACGUUUAUGAUAUUUACCAUCUGGAAAAGGUCACCGAAGAUGAGAUGAGCAAAUUUGAGAAAAGUGACGUUGGAUAUGUCAAGAUAGUUAACAGAGACGUAGAUCUAAUUCCUGAUGAGGAAACAGAUUCAGCAAAUGCGGCCUCAGACGACCAGGAUUCGAAUGAAGAGGGCUUCUAUCAAAACGACUACCCAGAAGACGAAGACGACGACCGCUCGAUACUAUUUGGAAGUGAAGGUGAAGAGGUUGCAGCCGACGAAACAGCGGACCUUAUUCAAAGUUUAUAUGACUCAGAUCGUAUGCCAUCGUCCACAGAGAAUGGAAUCGAACUGAAGGAGCAAAAAGAAUAUAUUGAGCUCUUCAAUCAACUGGGAAGCAGCGGCGACAUCCUCAACUCGCUCAACGCAAUGAAUUUUGUUGAUCUCGAUGACAGAGAUGAAGAUGCAGCCGUUCUAAAUUACAGCGACCUUGAAGAGUGCUGCGACAAUGAAGAUGAGAUGAAUGACACUGUUGACGAUGCACUCGAUCAUGAAGUCGAAUAUGCUAGAAAUACGUUCUUCAAAUCUGAUGUGGAAGAUCCCCUAGCUGUUCAUCGUGAUAUAAUAUUCGGCAAAUUGCAAGACAUGAUUAACAAGACGUAA